AUCAAGGGAAAUAACUUCUAACACUUCAAUCACGAUCCAAGUAAAUUAUCAAUUAAGGUAAUUGAGUACCGGUCACCGACUCGUUUUUAUCUGAAUACGAGAUAUUUACUAUGCUGGCGUGGAGGCGCAAUGGCCCAGUGGUGGAGGAAGGACAAUGAUUGUAAAGGAGAGGAAAUGACGUUAGGAAUGGACCGGAAGUGCGACGGCAUGACAUCACGCCAGGAAACCACAUGUUGAAGACGAUUUCUUUAUCACGGUAUCUUUGACGUGGUCAAAUCGUUUGUUGGAAACGAUCGUAGAGAAUACAAUAUCAUACCAUGUUGACGUGAAAGAAAUUUCUUCAUUCAGAUGUGCCUAUAUUUUUAUCAACUUUCAUCAACGAAACGAAGACGAUAUAUUUAUGAAGAGCAUUCAUCAAUAAAUCAACUACUUUUAUAUAAGUAAAAUCUAUGAUGAACAGUUGGAAAAUAUUUCUUCUGGACAAUGCAAUUAACAGCAAAAUUUCCUUGUCUUCACUGUCUGGAAUGUAGACGAGGUGAUCGCUUUACAAUUUCAGUAAACUUGGGUAACUUUAUAAAAGAGUUAACAGUUUAAAUUUGCAGUUUUAGAUGUUAAGACCACAGAUGAAAGAAACAUGACAUUAAAUUAUUGUCUGAAGAUAGUGACACAACUGAAAACAAACAUUCAUAAAAGUAAAGCGAGCACAGCCAUUGUCAUAUGUGUAACAAAUUAUUCUCUGAUAAUGAAUGAUUCAACUAAAAUGAAAAAUUCUGAUACAGGAGAGAAACUGUAUUACUGUGAUAUCUGUGAUGAAUUAUUUUCUGAACAUAGUGCUUUCAUUAGUCACAAGAGUAUUCAUACAGGAGAGAAGCCAUAUCAUUGUGAUAUUUGUUGUAAAUCAUUCACUGAAGAAAGACACUUCACUAAACACAAGUGCAUUCGUACAGGAGAGAAACUACAUCACUGUGAUGUCUGUGGCAAAUCGUUUUCUCAAAGUGGUCACUUGACUAGUCAUAAACGUGUUCAUACAGGAGAGAAGCCAUAUCAGUGUGAUAUCUGUGGUAAAUCAUUUUCUCGUAAUAGUCACUUGACUAGUCACAAACGUAUUCAUACUGGGGAAAAACCAUAUCAUUGUGACAUCUGUGGUAAAUCAUUCUCUCAAAGUGGUGACUUGAGUAAACACAAACGUAUUUAUACUGGUGAAAAACCAUAUCAGUGUGAUAUCUGUGGUGAAUCAUUUUCUGAGUAUAGCACUUUAAUUAGUCACAAACGUACUCACACAGGAGAGAAGCCAUAUCAUUGUAAUAUCUGUGGUAAAUCAUUCUCUCAAAGUGGUAACUUGACUAAACACAAACGUACUCACACAGGAGAGAAAUCAUAUCAUUGUAAUAUCUGUGGUAAAUCAUUCUCUCAGAGUGAUGACUUGACUAAACACAAACCUACACAUAGAAGAGAGAAAGCAUAUCAUUGUAAUAUCUGUGGUAAAUCAUUCUGUAGAAAUAGUGACUUGAUCAGGCACAAACGUAUUCAUACUGGGGAAAAACCAUAUCAAUGUGAUAUCUGUGGUGAAUCAUUCUCUCGAAAUAGCACUGUAACUAGUCACAAACGUGUUCACACAGGAGAGAGGCCAUACCAUUGUGACAUCUGUGGUAAAUCUUUUUCUGAAAAUAGUAGUUUGACUAAUCAUAAACGUAUCCAUACUGGAGAAAAACCAUAUCAUUGUAACAUCUGUGGUAAAUCAUUUUCUGAAAAUAGCUCUUUAACUAGUCACAAACGUACUCAUACAGGAGAGAAGCCAUAUCGUUGUGACAUCUGUGGUAAAUCAUUCUCUCAAAGUAGUAACUUGACUGAACACAAACGUACACAUACAGGAGAGAAAGCAUAUCGUUGUGAUAUCUGUGGUAAAUCAUUCUCUUAUAAUAUUAAAUUGAUUCAUCACAGACAUAUUCAUACAGGAGAGAAGCCAUAUCACUGUGAUAUCUGUGGUGAGUCAUUCUUUCAAAAAGGCCAUUUAAGUACACAUAUGAGUAUUCAUACACAAGUGUAACAGUAUCAAUAUCAAAAUUUAUUACAACAGGACAGCAGUUAUGGAUAUUCUGUUCAAGCUUGACAUUACUAACUUAACUAUCAUGUAUACAUCAACACAGAAAUGACUUUGAUUUCUGAAGAUGUUUGUGCUGAAUUUUUGAGGAAUUUGUUCUGAGAGAAUAUAAAGGAAUGGGAAUAAUGAAUAAAAGUUUUAAGUGAUAUUGAUUUUGUCUUUGUUGUGUUUUCAUCAUCAUCAUCCUUUAAUGUCUAUUUCCUAUGCUGGCAUGGAUGAGAAAGUGUGACUAUACCUGAUCAAGCAUCAUAAUAGCAUGAAACUAGUAGUAGCUUUUUCAGUUGUGUACUUAAUUUGGUGUGGAGGCGCAAUGGCCCAGUGGUUAGGGCAGCGGACUCGCGGUCAUAGGAUCGCAGUUUCGAUUCCCAGACUGGGCGUUGUGAGUGUUUAUUGAGCGAAAACACCUAAAGCUCCACAAGGCUCUGGCAGGGGAUGGUAGCGAACCCUGCUGUACUCUUUCACCACAACUUUCUCUCUCUCUUACUCCCUGUUUCUGUUGCGUCUGUAAUUCAAAGGACCAGCCUUGUCACACUGUGUCACGCUGACUAUCCCCAUACACAGCCACUAUAAAGUCAGUCAGUUGUGGUAGGAUUAUUGUACGAGUUUCUCAGUUGCUACUGUUUAUGUUUGGUCGACUGCUAGUUGCCUAACUAGGGAUUAGAGGAAGAUAGAAUGAAUGAUAAGUGUAGGGAGUCGAUAAAAUGAUACUUUCAUGGUGCCUGAUAUUAAAACAGCAGUGGUGUUGCGAUAAGACACUAUAUCAUACUUGACAUUCUCACUGUAAGCUUUAUCUCAGUUGAAUUAUCUAACUGGAUUCAGCAUGUGGUCACCUCUGCGUCAUGUCUCAUCUGCCAACUAACUUUUUCCUACGCUAUUUUAGUAUUUAUAAUUAUCCAAACUAGUUAGAAAGAGAGACAUAUUGUUGCGAACAGCGAAUUUCGUUGGUGGUCUGUUAUCUCCAUUCUAGCGCUUUUGGCAGCCUAGAAGAGAUUUGAAGGGUCAAUUGGCAAACACGUUAUUCUGCUUAACGAAGGCAUCUGGCAAAAUGUAACUGCUGUCAAUCACAGGGAAACUAUUGCUUUACUGUGAGAAUAGUGCUGUUGAAUUAUUAAGUGAAAUUUUACAAAGAGAAACUGUUUUAUUUUUUUUCAAAUUUAUUUGCAAUCUGGGAUUUCAAGCAUCUUAAGAGAUCGGGGUACUUGAUUCCACGCAAAGAAUCCGAGUUUGUUCGUUUCUCUGUGAAAGUACCAAAAUUAACCCUAGUGAGUAGAGACAUCUAUAGGAGAAGUCUUGAAAUAUAAUUAUGUAAGGGGAAAUAACUUCAGCAGCACUUAAACCUCGCCAAUUUAAUUAUUAAUUAUAUUCGUUAAUUACUGAUCACUGACUCGUUGUUUAUAUCCGAAUACGAAUAUCACAUCAUGUUGACACACAGGAAAUUUCUUCAUUCAGAUGUGCCUUUCAUAUUUUUAUUUCGUUUCAUCAACCAAGGGAAGAAGACGUAUUUAGCAGGAGCAUUCAUCGAUGCAUCGAAAUUUAUAUGAAUACAUUCUAUGACAACAGUAAAA